AUGGGAGGAAGUCGCAAUAGUUGGGACGACGUAUUCGAUAGUGCGAUGAUUGAAAUUCCACAGUUCAACUUAGUUGUUAAAGCUUUUACUGUAAACUUGUACAUGUCCAGAAUCGAUAGAAUCAAUAAUUUAUUGAAGAAUCCCAUAUUCGCAGCGAAAACAAAGAAAGAUGAAGAGAUGCUUCUCGAUAAUAUGAAAACAUCACAUCGUCUUGUCAAGUACAUGAUAAUCAGCAUAUUGCUAGCUGGAGUGUUCUGGUCAGCAUCCUUUUUUGCUAAGAGGUACCAGGAUCCAACGGCAGUGGUUUAUAUUUAUACUCCUUUUGAAACUGUAUCUUGGACUGGAUAUUCCUUCUCUGUGAUGAUGGAAAUCCUACCCCUACCAUGGACUGGGUUCGGCCACUUGGGAAUCGACUGCCUUAUAGCAACGUAUUAUGCACAGGCUGAAGUUCAGCUGAAGAUCAUCAAGUACAAUUUAGAGCAUUUGUUCGAUACCGAUGGUGCAUUUGACGGGACACUAAAUGGCAGACGUAUUUUUUAUGUGGAUCAGCUGGAUAGAGACCUUAGGGGCCGCUUCGUGCAUUUGGUACAGAGAUAUGCAGCGGUGACCUGGUAUACAAAGGAAGUUAGUAAAAUAUUUAACCACGCGCUGGCAUUUGAAUUCUUCAGCUCCGCUGCUGUGCUUUGUAUGGUCACAUUCAAGAUGAGUUACACUCCAAUGUUCUCGUUGGCGUUUGCUUUCUUCACGGUGAUGCUCGGUGUACUGCUGAUGCAGGUGUUACUGUAUUGCUAUUUUGGCAACAUGGUGCAAUACGAAAGUGAUUCAAUAAUAACUUCAGUGUACCUCAGUGACUGGCUGUCAGCGUCUCCUCGGUUCCGUCGCGACCUCCUCAUCGCCAUGCAGCGCUGGUCCAAGAGUAUCACGCCUCGAGUGUCCGGGAUCAUUCCUUUGUCACUCGCCACUUAUGUUUCGGUUCUCAGAUCAGCAUACAGCUUGUUUGCGGUUCUCAGUACGAAACAUUGA